AUAGCAAUUGCUUUACGAGAUAAAAUCAUUGAGCAAUUGUUAGGAGAAAAAAAUUUAUGUAUAAACACACCUCAGUUACCUGCUUUCAUUAAGAGAAGACUUCGUAGUAAAAAGGUUGUCAUUGCUUUUGAUGAUGUGGAUGAUCCAAACCUUUUAAAUCUUUUAGCAGGAGAUUGUGAUUUGUAUCAUAAUGGAAGUAGAAUCAUUGUAACUAGCAGAGAUAGGCAUCUGCUUAAAAGUGUUUGUGAUGAGGAUUAUAUAUACGAGGUUGAAAAAUUAAUUGAUGAUGAAGCUCUUUGUCUCUUUAGCUUGUAUGCCUUCAAACAAAAUCAUCCCAAGAAUCAAUUUGUUAAUUUAUCGAAGAGGUUGAUAACAUUUGCUCAAGGCAAUCCAUUGGCUCUUAGAAUUUUAGGCUCUAAUUUAUGUGACAAGGAGAUUGAAGAAUGGGAAAGUGAAUUGAAAAAAUUGAAAGAAAUUCCUGAUGUGAACAUUCAAGCAGUUUUGAAAACAAGUUAUGACGGACUAGAGCAUGAUGAAAAGUGCACAUUUCUUGAUAUUGCAUGUUUUUUUAAAGGGGAGCCUCUAGAUCAUGUUGAGAGAAUAUUAGAAGGUUGUGGUUUCUUUCCAGGUAUAGCAAUAAGUCGUCUAAUUGAUAAAUCCCUGAUAAAUGUUUCAGACGGUAAGGUAGGUAUGCAUGACUUGCUACAACAGAUGGGUAAGGAAAUUGUUUACGAGGAAUCCAAACAGCCUAGAGGACGAAGUAGGUUGUGGAAUUACAAGGAUAUUUGUCAUGUAUUGACAACAGAAACGGGAACUGAAAAUGUUGAAGGCAUAUUACUUGACAUGCCUGCUAAUGAAUAUUUGAAGCUAAGGUCCACAGCCUUCAAGAAGAUGUACAAUCUUAGAUUCGUCAAAUUAUCAAAUGAUCCUUUUUCCAAGGAAGGACAAGUGCUGCUUCCUAGGAACGACCUUGAAAUUUUACAAGAACAACUAAGAUAUCUUCAUUGGGGAAAAUACCCUUUGAAAUCCUUGCCAUUAAAUUUUUGCGCAAAAUAUCUUGUAGAACUUCAUAUGCCUGGCAGCAAACUCAUACAACUUUGGAAUCGGGAUAAGGCAAGAGUUAUUGUGUGACUUAAUAAAUUUAACUAUGUUUUUUUAAGUUAAUUAGCAUCUGCUUAUUUUAUUGAUUUUUUCAUUACAGGCUCUAGGAAAUUUGAAAUUUUUAUACC